ACUGCUGUUGCUACUGCUGCUGCUGCUGCUCCUACUGCUUCUGCUGCUGCUCCUACUGCUGCUGCUCCUACUGCUGCUGCUCCUACUGCUGUUGCUGCUGCUGCUCCUGUUACUGCUGUUGCUGCUGCGACCCCCACACCUCUAAUCACCACCAUCCCAGUCACCACAGCCGGCAGCAGGGGCAGCUCAGCGGCUUCCAACAAUGUUGCCACACAGCCGACAUCUAAAGCCCCUUUACCCAGUAAAAGCUCUGUGACUGACGCGCCUGGUAAUGUGGGAGCAACCAAGAUCACGAAGGUCUCAACGGAUUCCCUUACGUCAGCGCAACAGCCCACGACUCAAGGCUCCGUCAACACCAAAGGAAAUGCUGAUGAAACAACAGCGAUGGUUACAAGCCUCCAGUCGGCAGCGUCGAGGGGGACCACAGUUGCAGCUGUGAACAUGGGGGCCCCCAGCACCCCCUCCCCCCCCAGCACCCCCUCCCCCACCAGGGCAGGACCGACAAAAGCUUCCACCACAAUCCUGCAAACCCUCUUCAGCACAGUCUCCACCAGCAUCACAGCCGCUCAGACGAAGUGUUCUCUAAAUAAAGGAAAUGUGAAAGAGGAGGAGAAAGUUCUGGUGGAGAUCUGCAGGCGGCUGAUGGCGAAUUUGCAAGAUGGAAACUACACGCUGACUUGGCAGCACGACUAUGUGGUGAUAAACGGCAGAGUGAAAACCAGCGUCGCAAACCAGUAUUACGAAGAAACCAUCAUGAAACAAACUGGUAACAAAACCCUGAUCACCAUCCUGGCCUCCUGUGGAUCUCUGCUGAUCAUGUUCGGCAUCCUCGCCGUGUGUGCGUCACACUACCGAAAGCCGUACAACGAGAACCAGCAGCACCUGACGGAGGAGCUGCACACGGUGGAGAACGGUUACCACGACAACCCGACGUUGGAGGUGAUGGAGGUGCAGCCGGAGAUGCAGGAGAAGAAGAUGACGCUGAACAGAGAGUUCAACGACAGCUGGAUCGUGCCCAUCGACAACCUGCCGAAAGGAGGCAUAGCUGACGAGGAGGACACUCACCUAUAGAGGAGGAAGAGAAGAAGAAGAAGAAGAAGAAGGAGAAGGAGAAGGAGAAGAAGAAGAAGAAGGAGAAGAAGAAGAGAUCCACACUUCCUGCUCCCUGCCAGCCCUUAUCUUACACUCUGGGAUUGUUGUCCCUGUAGCCAGAGAAGACUUUUCUCAGAUGCAUCCUAUAGAACAAGCGAUCCCCCAUAUUAAUUCUGUCUGUAUUUCUACUGUACGUAUGAAAAACAAAUGAGGAUAAAAAAUGUAAACGCUUUGAGGAUGAAGUACCAAUGAAAUGCACACAGUGGCCUCGGACACUUCACUCUAAACCCACUAAAUCAAUCACUGCUGUGCCUGAACUGUAGAGUUUAUAAAAUAAGUGACUUCCUGCAGAGAAAGAAAGAUUCACCAUACGUCAUUCUGAAAACUCAGAAAGUUCAAACCCCAAGAGGAUUGUGCAUUUUCAUAAAAAAAGAGUUUGUAACCGAGCACCUGUAUAUAAAGUGUUUUUAUGUUAUGUCCGGUGAUAAGGCCACAGCGACGUCCGCUGCCUCUGCAGUUGUAGAGCUACUAACUUAGAUAUAGACAACCUCGGGAUACUUCAGAGCAUCCUGGUGACCCACUAAUGUGUCGGCUAUGAGGGAGCAACUGGUGCACCAUCCACGUCCACUAAGACACAGCCUAGCGCAGAUGGGUGUGCAGAUAUAAGACGAAGGAUUUUAAUCCAACAUAUUGACUCGAGGGAGUACGGAAAGUAUAUUUUGUGUUUUCUCUCGAUAUGUGAUAAAGUUGUUUCGUGUGAUUACAAUCAAGAGAAAAAUCUCCAGCUUUCAUCCGUCUCAUUAUUACUGAACUUCUCGGACAGUUCCGGUUAAUACAUUUUAUUUUUGUAGUUUUGUAGUUUUUAUAAGAAAAGUAAAACAGGAAGUAAACAGUCACCAGGACACAUGUGGUCACAUUCACCUCCGUCAGGUCGCAGAAUGAAACUCGAGAAUCUUGGGAAAUGUAAUGAAUUAUUUUGUACUUGCGACACAAUAACCACAGUUACACAGUAAACAGUCAGUCAGCAUCCAUCAUGUUGUUACAGCUGGACUGUGAAAUGAAAUUAUUUUUGACAGUGACUACAUAGAACUUAAACAACCAAAAACAUUUGUGACAGUCGAGCUGCUGAGUCCAGUUCCUUUAGGACCAGGAUGUGGAAACAUUUUUGCAAACUCAUCAAAUAUUGCUCAAAAGAAUGAUACCGAUUUUAAAACUGUAAAUAGUUGUUUCUCCACUGUUGCUGCUGCUGGAGGGGUCAUGUGACUUGAUAUUAAUCCCCUCACAGCAGAUUCAGUUUAAUAAUUCACUUCCUGUUAAACCCAUUAAGUUAAUAUAUAUGUACUUAUAUACAAAUGAAUCACCUUGGGCACUCUACUCCACCUUUUGUUGUUGUUUUUAUUAUUGUGUUUGUGUGUCUACAGUUUCACUUUUACUAUAGCUGUGAUAUUUUCACCAAAGUUACCAGUAUUUUAUGUAUUUAUGGUUGGUUUGCUGCUGAAGGCAAACAACAGGGGUCUGACACACUGGAAGCUGUAAAUUGUCGAUCGCUCCGACGGUCAUGUUGUUCUGAAUGUGCAGAUUUGCAAAUAAAGGUCUUUUUCCACUCGG